AUGUCUUCUUCCAACGCUCCUAUCAUCGCCAUCACUGGCAUCAACGGCUUUAUCGCUACCGAAGUCGCCCUCCUCUUCAUCUCUCGCGGCUGGCACGUCCGCGGUUCCGUCCGUACCCCUGCCCAAGUCGAGAAACUCAAGACCCAUCCCGCCUACGCAAAGUACUUGACCACUGGCGAGCUUCGAGCGGUGGUGGUCGAAGACUUGACUAAGAGUGAUUUGAGCGAGCUGUUCGACGGUGUUCAGGCCGUAGCUAGUUUGGCCGCACCUCUUCCUAGCCGUGACCCAACUGUCACCUGGGACGACUUCAAGGUUCAGUCUAUCGAGCCUGCUUUGAGGAUUCUGAAGCAGGCUCAGAAGUCGGACACCAUCAAGAGUGUCAUUAUCACCUCAUCGAGCGCAUCUGCCCUCGACCUUGUCGGUAUCCCGGGCAAAGUCUACAACGAAGAUGUCUGGAACCCUCUCACCGAAGAGUAUUGCCAGACUCUCAGCCUGGCUACCAACCCUAUGACACCUGCUAUCUGGUACUUUGCCGCCAAGAAGCUCACCGAGCAGGCCGUUUUGGAGUUCCAAGAGACCGAGAAACCUUCCUUCUCGAUCGCGAUCUUUUGCCCUUCCAUGGUCACCGGCCCGGCAAACUACAUCGACUCUACCCAAGUCUUCAAGGACCUCCGAGGCGUCCCUUCAAACCAAAUCCUCAACCUCUUUGUGGGGAAAGACCAGCCUUUGCCGAUGAGGUUUGCCUUUGCCUUUGUCGAUGUGAGGGAUGUAGCUGCGGCGUUCUAUGCUGCUGCUACCAAGAAGGUUUCCGGGAGGUUUAUGCUUUCUGCGGAUGAAUUCAACUGGCAAGAGUUUGUCGACAAGCUUCGUGCCCUCCGCCCCGACCUUGACGCGUACUUUCCGCUUGGUGAGCCUGGAAAGGAGGUGGAAGACGAUUGGUCUAUGGAUGCUAGCAAGUCUAAGAAAGAGCUCGGUCUUGAAUACCGCUCGACCGAGGAUACUUUGAAAGAUACCGUCAAACACCUCGAGAGUAUUGGGCUGUUCAAGGAGGCGCCGACUGGUGCGAAGCAGAUUUGA